GCGGGGAAAUUCAAACGUGUGUGCGGAGGGACGCUCCGGGUCGGUUUGUCUUCUUUUUCCUGCGGCAGCGGAGGCCAGUUGCAGCUUAUAAAUGGAAGCUGAAGAUGUAAGUGGCAGAGAACUGACAAUCGACUCCAUAAUGAACAAAGUGAGAGAUAUUAAAAAUAAAUUCAAGAACGAAGAUCUCACUGAUGAACUAAGCUUGAAUAAAGUCUCUGCUGAUACAACAGAUAACUCGGGAACUGUUAACCAGAUCAUGCUGAUGGCGAACAACCCGGAGGACUGGUUGAGUUUCUUACUCAAACUAGAGAAAAAUAGCGUCCCUCUAAAUGAUGCGCUUCUAAAUAAAUUAAUUGGUCGUUACAGUCAAGCAAUUGAAGCACUUCCUCCAGAUAAAUAUGGCCAGAAUGAGAGCUUUGCUCGGAUUCAAGUGAGAUUUGCCGAAUUAAAAGCCAUUCAGGAGCCAGACGACGCACGUGACUACUUUCAGAUGGCCAGAGCGAACUGCAAGAAAUUUGCUUUUGUGCACAUAUCUUUUGCGCAAUUUGAACUGUCUCAAGGUAAUGUCAAGAAAAGCAAGCAACUCCUCCACAAAGCUGUGGACAGUGGAGCAGUGCCGCUAGAAAUGCUGGAAAUUGCCCUCCGGAACUUAAGCCUCCAUAAACAGCAGCUGCUUUCAGAGGAGGAAAAGAAGAGUCUGUCAGCAUCUACAGUGUUAACUGCCCAAGAAUCAUUCUCCGCUUCGCUUGGACAUUUGCAGAAUAGAAGCGUCAGCUGUGACUCCAGAGGACCUGCCAGUAAAGCCGGGUUUUUAUAUGGGGAGAAUAUACCUCCACAGGAUGCAGAAGUAGUUCAUCAAAAUCCCUUGAAACAAGCUAACAAAACUAAACGAUCUUGCCCAUUUGGAAGAGUCCCAGUUAACCUUCUAAAUAGUCCAGAUUAUCAAGUGAAGACAGAUGGGUCGAUUAUGCCAAGUUUUACAAAAAGGCAGAUCUCUGGAUCAGAAUGUCGAGAUUUGACGGGCCCUGCAUCUAAACCAAGUGGAAAUAAUUCCUGUGAAUUGAGAAAUUUAAAGUCUGUUGAAAACAUUCAGUCUAAGGAAUGUCUGGUAUCAGACGAAAAGAGUUUUGAACUUAAUACCGACUCAGUAACUCUGAAGAAUAAAGCUGAAUCAAGUCUUCUAACUAAGUCAGAAGAAGCUAAAGAGCAUCAAGAACCAAAGGCUCCACAGAGCACACGGAAACAGUGGCAAUCUAAGAGGAAGUCAGAAGGUGUGAGCCACAACCCUGCUGCCGCCCAGUCAGAGCAGCGCUACAUGCCAGAUGUGACCCCAAAGGUUGAUACAGAGCAGAAACACACGGCUGCUGAGCAGCCUGUCUUUGCAGUUUCAAGGCACUCACCGCCCUUAUCGGCACCUAGAUGGGUCGACCCAAAGCUUGUGUGUCAGACGCCGGGUAGCAGCACCCUGGAUGACUACAUGCGAUGUUUUAGGACUCCAGUGGUCAAGAAUGACUUUCCCCCAGGAUGCCCGUCAUCGACCCCUUUCAGCCGAUUCGCCUGCUUCCAGCAGCAGCAGCAGCAGCAGCAGCAAGCUCCCGUCACUCCUCUGCAGAACCUACAGAUUGCAGGAACCUCAAAUGAAUGCAUUUCGGUUAAAGGAAGAAUUUACUCCAUAUUAAAGCAGAUAGGCAGUGGAGGUUCAAGUAAGGUAUUUCAGGUCCUGAAUGAAAAGAAACAGAUAUAUGCUAUAAAAUAUGUGAACCUGGAAGAAGCAGACAAUCAAACUAUUGAAAGUUAUCGGAAUGAAAUAGCUUAUUUAAAUAAACUACAACAACACAGCGAUAAGAUCAUCCGACUGUAUGAUUAUGAAAUCACAGAUCAGCGUAUCUACAUGGUGAUGGAAUGUGGGAAUAUUGAUCUUAAUAGUUGGCUUAAGAAGAAAAAGUCCAUCAAUCCAUGGGAACGCAAGAGUUACUGGAAAAAUAUGUUGGAGGCGGUACACACCAUCCAUCAACACGGCAUUGUUCACAGCGACCUGAAGCCUGCCAACUUCCUGAUAGUUGAUGGGAUGCUGAAGCUGAUCGAUUUUGGCAUCGCAAACCAGAUGCAGCCUGAUACCACAAGCAUUAUUAAAGACUCUCAGGUUGGCACCGUUAAUUACAUGCCACCAGAAGCCAUCAAAGACAUGUCAUCCUCAAGGGAGAACGGGAGAUCCAAGUCCAAGAUAAGCCCCAAAAGUGAUGUCUGGUCCCUGGGAUGCAUUUUGUACUACAUGACAUACGGAAAAACACCAUUUCAGCAUAUCGUUAAUCAGAUUUCCAAGUUACAUGCUAUAAUUGAUCCUAAUCAUGAAAUUGAAUUUCCUGAUAUUCCAGAGAAAGAUCUUCAAGAUGUGUUAAAGUGUUGUUUAAUAAGGGACCCUAAGCAGAGGAUAUCUGUUCCUGAUCUUCUGGCACACCCGUAUGUUCAAAUUCAAAGUUAUCCAGGUAACCAGAUGGCUAAGGGAACCACUGAUGAAAUGAAACAUGUUUUGGGCCAGCUGGUUGGUCUGAAUUCUCCUAACUCCAUUUUGAAAGUUGCUAAAACUUUAUAUGCCCGCUAUAGUAGUGAUGAAAGUCAUGAUUCCUCCUCAUCCAAGACUUCUGAAAAAAGAUGGGAAAAGAAAUGACGCACUGAGCCCCCACCUGUCAGAUAACACUAUGAGCGGAUGCAGGCCUGUCGCCCUCUGGGCUGUCUGUGGAAAUCUACGCAUUGAGCAGCUGCCUUCAGAACGUUACCAGCAAUAAUGCAGUACCUCUCCUCAGCAGAACACUGUAAAGAGCCACCAGUGGCACUGUAGAUACUACGUGGUCGCGUUGCUUGCUGUUGUGUGCUUCCCUGUGACGCUGAUCUGUUUGAUAGCAUCCCUACUUGGAGGAGCGGGUGGGUGACGGAAAUACAUUCUGAGAAACUGUGUCAAUAAAGGUUUAUAGCU